AUGCGACCUGGUAUCGGUUGGGUUAGAGAUUUUGCCUCGUUAAGUGGUGUCAUUCUUUGUGCAAUCCUUGCUGUAAUGGUCAUAGGCUCUAUGCAAUGGAUUCGACGAGGUGGUCACUUCCAAAUCUUCUAUUGGACUCAUUUACUGUAUUGAGCAAUGAAAAUUUGUUCAACUCAUCAAGCUCUCCAUGAUGAAUAUGAAUUUAUUCGUGAGGUAUCAUUAAAGAAUGGAUAUCCGAUUGCCUUUGGUGAAUCUGUGAUUCGAAAGCAACUUAAUUUAGUAUAUCCACCCCAUGCAAUUAUAUCAACAACACCAGGAACGGAUAUCAUAGUGUUGCAAGUACCAUAUUAUGGGAAAGCAAGUCAAAUAUCUGGUAACCGUCUUACGGCGGUAGUCGCUAAACAAUACUCAUCAGAACAGGUACGAGUUGUUUAUGAUGUAACAGCCUGA